AUGAGCGCGCCGCACCCGGGCAGCCGGGGGAAUCCGCACGCCGCCGCUGCCGCCACCGCCGCCGCCACCGCCUUCGCCAUGGCGUCUCCACCGCCCCGCGCGGGGCCUGCCACGCCGUUGUCGCCCGCGCGCCUGUCUCGGCUCCAGGAGAAGGAGGAGCUGCGCGAGCUUAACGACCGCCUGGCACACUACAUCGACCGGGUUCGCGCGCUCGAGCUGGAGAAUGAUCGGCUGCUGCUGCGGGUCUCCGAGAAGGAGGAGGUGACCACGCGCGAGGUGAGUGGCAUCAAGGCCUUGUACGAGUCGGAGCUGGCUGAUGCCCGGCGGGUGCUGGACGAGACGGCCCGGGAGCGUGCGCGGCUGCAGAUUGAAAUGGGGAAGCUGCAAGCCGAGGUGGACGAGGCCAGGAAGAGUGCCAAGAAGCGUGAAGGUGAGCUCACGGUGGCCCAGGGCCGGGUGAGAGACCUGGAAUCCCUGUUCCACCGGAGUGAGGCCGAGCUGGCGGCGGCCCUCAGUGACAAACAUGCCCUGGAAAAUGAUGUGGCCGAGCUCCGAGCGCAGCUGGCGAAGGCAGAAGAUGGUCACGCUGUGGCUAAGAAGCAGUUGGAGAAGGAGACGCUGAUGCGCGUGGACCUGGAGAACCGCUGCCAGAGCCUGCAGGAGGAGCUGGGUUUCAGCAAGAGUGUGUUUGAGGAGGAGGUGCGUGAGACCCGGCGGAGGCACGAGCGCCACUUGGUGGAGGUGGACAGCAGCCGUCAGCAGGAAUACGACUUCAAGAUGGCACAGGCCCUGGAGGACCUGCGCAGCCAGCACGAUGAGCAAGUGCGGCUGUACCGCCUGGAGCUGGAGCAGACCUACCAGGCCAAGCUGGAGCACGCCAAGCUGAGCUCAGACCAGAACGACAAGGCAGCCAGUGCAGCCCGGGAGGAGCUCAAGGAGGCCCGCAUGCGCGUGGAGUCGCUCAGCUACCAGCUCUCAGGCCUCCAAAAGCAGGCCAGCGCUGCAGAGGACCGCAUCCGGGAGCUGGAGGAAGCCCUAGCUGCGGAGCGAGACAAGUUCCGCAAGAUGCUGGACGCCAAGGAGCAAGAGAUGACUGAGGUGCGCGACGCCAUGCACCAGCAGCUGGCUGAAUACCAGGAGCUGCUUGAUGUCAAGCUGGCCCUGGACAUGGAGAUCAGCGCCUACCGCAAGCUGCUGGAAGGCGAGGAAGAGAGGCUUAAGCUGUCCCCCAGCUCGUCAUCCCGGGUUACUAUCUCUCGGGCCACUUCGAGCAGUAGCGGCGGCGGCGGGCUUGGCAUGUCUGUGGGGCGAGGCCGGGGCAAGCGCCGUCGGCUGGAGACCGAGGACACCCCGAGCUUGCGCAGCAGCGUCUCCCGCCUGGCCCAGCAGGCUGUGGCCACCAGCGUCGUGAGCAUUGACGAGGUGGACCUGGAGGGCAGGUUCGUGAGGCUCAAGAACUCCUCGGACAAGGACCAGUCUUUGGGGAAUUGGAAGAUCAAGAGACAGAUCCUGGACGGCGAGGACAUCGCCUACAAGUUCACGCCCAAGUAUGUCCUGCGGGCCGGCCAAACGGUCACGGUGUGGGCAGCUGGCGCAGGGGUUGCCCACAGCCCCCCAUCAACCCUUGUGUGGAAGAGCCAGAGCAGCUGGGGCUCCGGGGAGAGCUUCCGCACUGUCCUGGUCAAUGCAGAUGGAGAGGAGAUGGCCGUGCAGGCCGUGAAGCAGUCAUCCAUUCAAGGGACGGAGAACGGGGAGGAGGAGGAGGAAGAGGCGGAAUUUGGCGAGGAGGACCUUUUCCACCAGCAGGGGGACCCGAGGACCACCUCAAGGGGCUGCCGGCUGAUGUGA